AUGAGGGUGUCUAGCAGCAGCAGCAGCAGCAGCAGCAGCAGCAGCAGGGGCGCGCUGCAGCACGCCGCAAUCCGCAGCUCCUUGCUGAGAAGAAGUUCGCGCCAGUGGUCUCCUUAUCAAGCUAGGGGUUCAAUGCACUGGGUGGGGGCCCCUCAGGGGCCCCCAGACCAAGAGGAGGGCCCCCAGGACCUCCGGAUGGGCCCCAGGGGGCCCCAGGGGGCCCCCAUGGAAGCGGGGGGCCCCCAAGACCCUGCAGACCGAAGGCUCCAGGGGGCCCUUAGGGGGGACUCAGCAACUCCCAGAGAUGAGGACUCUAAUGACAAUUGA